AUGGAGGCAUCUUGGUGGGGCGAUGAGCCGGCGGAUCUCCCUAGUAUCUUCCAACAAUCAAACCUAGAACGCUCAGGGCGAUUCGGCUCUAGCAGUGAUUCUUUUUCUGUCACCACUUCCGGUUCUGGAGACGUGAUGAACGCACCGCCGCCCUUAUCACCACCGCAACUUCCCUUCGACAAACUUGACACGCAUCCUCAGGAGCCCAGACAACACCACUGCGAUUCAUACAGCCCCCGAGAGUGCAGUUAUCACGACAGCUUAGGAGAUUCGCAAUACGGAUCACCAAGCAUGGAGCCCGUUUACAACAACAAUGAGGGCUAUUUCGACAUUGGCUCGUCCUCAGCUUCGGCUUCUACAAGCAUUUCGGCCGGGUUUGGUCUGCACCACAACCAGUUCCAGUUCCUUUCUAAUGCCGAUACCCUCGCCAAUAUGAAGAAGAAGCUCGCGCCUUGGAAGAAAUGUGACAACAACGCGCCUAGCUCACACCCGAGUAUGUCAAGCACAUCGUCAACCGGCGGCUCUUCCCGGAGGAGGCCGUCCGGCGACAUGUGCGUCCCCGCGGAUAUCGUGUCCACCAAGCUGCCGUUGCACCUCGAGACGUCGAGCCUACUAGACUCUCCUGACAGGUACACGCAGGCUCCUCACUCUGCCCUCCCACCUCUUCCGAAGCCUGCCGUUCCAUCUCAGCUACGACUAUCACUCCCCGUCCUCUCAAACAGGAUCAACAGCGACGAUGCGCCGUCACACAGUGACAAGGCGGACAAGAUGGAAACGGGGGAGACCAAUUCUACGAAGAGACUGCGGCUAGAGGACCCCAUGAGGACGCACUACGACGGCGCCCGGGCGAAGCGCCGUGCCUCUAUGGAUCCCGAUAACAGAGUACCACUUGCUUUCAUAACCCAGGAUGACUCGUUUCGCCGCCGCGAUGGGAACCAAGGAGGGUCUCCCACGCCUCGACUGAGCGUUAUCCCUCAAGGAUCCAUCUCUUCGUCAUCCGGUCGCGCAGGGUGGUACAGCUCUAACCUAUCGCUGCUCACCGAGAGCAUGGGCUCGUCGUCGUUUAAGCGAGUCUCUCCAGACUGCGUUUCGCCUGGCAGAGCCGAUCCCAGCUGCAGCCCUCCUCGCAGCUCUCUUUCUAGGGCACCCCGUCAGCGGGCCCUUAGCGAAAGCCGGCCUCUCACUUCUCCCCGCAAGCUUACGGGGGUGAGCAAGCCUGGGGGAACUACGAUUUCGGAGUUCUUCAUAUGCGAUUGUUGCCCGAAGAAAUCCAAGGAAUUCGAGUCGGCUGAAGAAUUGGCGUCUCAUCAAGCCGAGAAGCAGUAUGAAUGCAAAUUCUGCGGAAAUCGAUUCAAAAAUAAGAACGAGGCAGGACGCCAUGAGAAUGGUGUUCAUGUUCGCGGACACAGCUGGAGUUGCCCGGACUCGGAUCGCUAUGAUCGUACGCUCCACGACAGUCCCAAUCGCCCCGGUGCAGCAGACUCCUGUGGUUACUGCGGUGAGGAGUUUUCUGGAAAUGGGAGUGGCCCUGGUGCUUCCGCACCGCGACACGCUACCGACCAUGACUGGGGAGUGCGCCUUCGCCACCUCCAAGAAGUCCACAAGGUUGGGGUAUGCGACACGAGCAAGGAAUAUUUCCGCGCAGACCACUUCCGGCAGCAUCUGAAGCACAGCCACGCAGGCACAAGCGGCAAAUGGACGAACAUGCUGGAGAAUGCUUCCAUGUUGAAUGAGGGUCCAACUCCGAAAUGA